UCGGACGAGUGCUUCCGGCUGGCUGGGAUGUGGCUCGACGAGUGUCUUGAGCAGAACGAGCUAGAGUCUGAGACGUCAUCGUCCUUCAUGCCCACUCGCACUAUCGACGUGGGAGCCGCCGAUGGCUCGGAAGAUCCUCGCCUGGCGGUCCACGACACGGAUGGCCCCGUGACUCGGAACGGCUGGCCACAGCGUCUGCCUUGGCUCACUCUCACUCACUGCUGGGGCGGUUCUUCCCCGCUGAUGCUCACGCACGACACGUUGGCUGAGUGGACUGCUUCCGGCAUCCCGAUGCCGCUCCUCCCACUCACGUUCCGCGAUGCCGUAUCGAUCACCCGGCGCCUUGGGUAUCGGCAUUUGUGGAUUGACUCGAUCUGCAUCGUGCAAGAUUCUCGACAAGACUGGGAGCGCGAAGCGGCGCGUAUGGGCGACGUGUACCGGCACGGGGUGCUCAACAUCAGCGCGAGCUCUGGGCGGGGGUGCCGCGACGGCAUCUUUGGCAAGCGAGGCAGCAGCACCACGCCCGCGCUGGCCGCUGUCCGGCUGCCGUUCAACAGCAAGAGGCUCGGCAUCGGCGGCGAGUGGCUCUACCUGCGCGCCGGGCGCUGGGACAACUACCUCGAGUACAUCACGGGUCGGCAGCACAACACGCUCGCGUCGCGCGGCUGGGUCCUGCAGGAGUCGCUGCUGUCGCCGCGCACCCUGCACUUCGCCAGCCAGCAGCUGUUCUGGGAGUGCACGCACGCCACCUACGCCGAGGGCCGCAUCGACGCGCUGGCGCUGCCCGAUAAUAAGAUGACAGCGUUGCAGGCCCCACAUGUGUAUUCGUACAAGAUGAUGCUGCCUUCGGUGCUGCACUGGCCGGCCGGGACGGCGGCGGACGCGGCGGCCCGAGACGAGAUGCACAGCCUGUGGCUCAGAGUGGUCGAGAACUACUCUUCCCGAGCUCUGACGGUGCCGUCGGAUGUGUUUCCAGCCCUGGCCGGUGUGGCGUCGGUUUUUCAGGCGCGGCUAGGCGACAGGUAUCUUGCCGGACUCUUCCGGCGCCACUUACUUGAAGGCUUUGUUUGGAGGAGCAUCGAUCCUGCCAGGUCGACGUUGCGUCCGCAGUCGGACGCCUGCUCGGCACCGUCAUGGAGUUGGGCGUCCCUGAUCGGUGGA